UCCAUGGAGUGCUUCACCAAUGAGGAAUAAAUCAUCGCCGCUAAGCGCUUGCGUGCUAUUCAUGAUGCUCCCGUAAGGGGGCGUUCACACGGGCCGAUUUUCAGCACCAACUCGGACCAACUCGAAGCAACGUCUUUGGACCAACUUCCAGACGGUACCGUCUCCGCGUUCACACGUACCAACUCAUUAGCUCCGCCCAAAACCAACCUUGCCGCAGCUUACUUCGCGAGAAAAGCACAACUGUGUUAAAAAGUAUUUAUUGGUAUGUUUCUACGGCGUAACUUUUGCAAAACAAUUAUUCCUUAGCUACAUCUGCACAGUUCGUAAUCAAUGCAAUUUAAUGUAAGCAAGUAAGUCAGGAACUAAAUCCCAUCGCCAUCGGCAGUUUGUUGCAUGUGAUCGUUUCCAUUCGCAAGUGCUCUACCUGUGCCUGUUCAAUCAGCUGCGCCUUUUAUAUUGUAUCAAAGUUCGGUUCUACAUUGUAUGUUUGGUUAAUAGUUGUCCGUAAUUUUCAACCGCGUGUUUGUGUGACCGUCGUUUUCUUUGUGCAGUGUACAUACUUUUGAUUGAAGUGUUCAGUGUGUGGUUUUGUGUGGGAUUUUGUAACCAUGAAUACGUCUUCGCGAAAGCGUAAAGCAGCUGCCCUAAUUGUUGCCAUGCUGCCUGACCUUGUGGCUGAAGGCAACAGAACUGUGCAAAAAAAGAAGAGGCCGUAGGUGAAGGCAGUAGCACAGGCCCGUCCACAAGUAGGCGCGCAGAGCAGUCUGCUUCCUAUUCUUCGCCUGAGCGAUGGAGACUUUAGAGGCUACCUUCGGAUCAGCACGGAUGAUUUCGAGGAUCUGGUGUCCGGUAUCCGCGAGGCUGUUGAGUGCCAAGACACACUGAUGAGAAGUGCGUUAACCGUGGAAGAGCAACUCACGAUCACGCUCCGCUGCCUAGCAACAGGAGAGUCGUUCCACUCCCUCCACUACCAGGAUUGUAUUUGGACAAGUAGAGUCCACAACAAGAUCAAGAGGGUCUGCACAGCACUGUGUAACUACCUGAUUCCCCGCUACAUGAGGCUGCCAUCUACCAGUGCACAGUGGGAGACAAUUGCAGACAGAUUCUUCUCUCUUUGGCACUUCCCCCACUGCAUCGGCGCUGUCGAUGGAAAACAUGUGAGGAUCAGGUGCCCCCCAAAGGCCGGGUCUUCAUUUUUUAACUAUAAGGGAUACCACAGCAUGGUGCUCAUGGCGCUCGUCGAUGCAGAUAAAAAGGCCAUCUUCGUGGAUGCCGGGGUCAUCGGAAGGUGUGACGACUCUGUGACCUUCCGUGGUACGGAACUAUUUCAGAAGCUCGAGAGUGGAGUGUGCAACAUCCCUGAACCUGUCCCACUCCCUGGCCAAAAUUAUCCAACUGCUUUCGUAGUGAUCGCGGACGCAGCCUUCUCAAUGAAAUACUACAUGUUGAGACCCUAUGCACAGAGAGAACUGCAAAGCAAAGCAAAUCGUGUGUACAAUUACAGAUAAUACUUGCAUGCUGUGCCCUACACAACUACGUGAGCCACAAGGGGAACCAAGGAGCGACAUCACAGUCAACUGGAGUUCUUGAAGACCUGUCAGGAUUUGGCACAAGGGCAUCGGAAAAUGCUCGAACAACAAGAGACAGGUUCAGGGAUUACUUUGUCAGCGAGCGAGGUUCCGUGUCGUGCCAACAGAAAUACCUAGAUGCACACCAAAAUGAUGUCCUUUUGCAAGGUAUCCAUACCACGCAGUUCUCCUGCAAUCUGCAUUCUAAAAUAAUAAUCUACAUCCCUUUCAACCUCCGGCUCAUUGAGGACUGAAAUCGCCUUGUUCAACAUAUCUUGUUGUGUAGCCACCCUCUUUGUCUGUUUUUUUUAAUUGUUGCUGGAGCUUGACGGAGGGCGUUUCCUUUUUGGAGGUGGCUCCAAGGGAUCUGUCUGAAUUUAUUAAAUUGUCAGCUA